AUGUUGCGGGCCUUGGCGUCGAUGGUCGUACUUUUGCCUCUUUCAGUCGUUGCAUUGGCCCCAGCAGGACCAUGGGAUAAAUUCAACUUCGCCCCAACCUCGAAAGUGGUAUUCCCUUUUGCGAUACAUGAAGUGGACGGCAAUGUUAAGAAUGCAGGUCGUAUAGUCGGUGGUAGUGGUAGUGCAACGCUCAUGGGGUCAAGUGCGCUCACCCUUGAUUUUGGCGUCGAGGUCGGCGGCUUAAUCUCCAUUAACUUCGAGCAGAUCUCGUCUUCAUCUUCGGUUGCCCUCUCCUUCACUGAAUCCCCAUUGUUCAUUCGUCGCAACGCUUCAGACGACUCAUCCUUUCCUUCUGCGAAUACAACGUUUGAUGGUGUACUCCGGGUCACUUCGCCUAGAAGAGGGCUCUGGCAGCAACCCGCCGCGAGUCUUCGAGGUGGAUUUCGAUAUCUGACAAUUGUCAACAAUGACGAUGACGACCUGACGAUAUCUAAUGUCACUUGCGCUAUUUCAUUCAUGCCUCAUGUUGCGAAUCUCCGAAGUUAUUCGGGCUACUUCUUUGCUACCGACCCUGUCUUUAAGGACAAGGAUUUCUUGACCAAAGUUUGGUAUGCCGGGGCUUAUACUAUCCAAACGAAUACUGUCCCAUUGAAUACUGGGCGGAAAGUUCCCUUUGCCCCCGCUGGAACAUGGUUCAAUAAUGCCACUCUGGGUGUCAGCGGGCCGAUCAUCGUUGACGGUGCGAAACGCGAUCGAGCGGUCUGGCCAGGUGAUAUGGGAAUUGCUGUACCCAGCCAAUUUGUCUCCACCAACGACCUCAUUCCCACCCGCAACGCGCUGUCGACUAUGUUCGCCGCGAUCAACCCGACUACCGGUGCACUUCCCGAAUCCGGACCGCCAUUAAGCCAACAAGGCUCCGAUACAUACCAUGCGUGGACACUCAUUGGUACACAUAAUUACUUCUUAUAUUCGGGUGAUGUGGAAUGGCUACGAACUAUCUGGUCAAAUUAUACAAAGGCCGUCGCGUUCUUGGAAGGGAAGGUUGAUCGGAGGAUUGGGCUGAUGAAUGUUACUGGACUUCGAGAUUGGGCAAGACUCGGAGGUGGAGGCAUCAAUGCUGCUGGAAAUGCCCUUUUAUAUAGAGUCCUUGUGACGGCAUCGGAACUCGCAUCACACCUGAACGACAGAAGCCUGUCUACUGCCUACGCCGCGAACGCGACAAGUAUCAAGACGAGAUUCAACGAUGUCUUCUGGCUCCCAACUGCUGGGAUGUACAAAGACAAUCAGACAACGACACUUUGUCCACAAGACGCCAACUCGCUUGCUGUGAUAUUCAACGUGACUAACACGCCAGAGCAAGACAAGAGCAUCAGUCAAGGUCUGACCAAGAAUUGGAACAGUAUUGGUUCGAUUGCCCCGGAACUCCCAAAUACAAUCUCCCCGUUUAUUGGCGGAUUCGAGUUGCAAGCGCACUUCAUCGCUGGUAAUGACGAUCUCGCUAUGGAUCUACUUCGAAGGGAGUGGGGGUACAUGCUCUACACAAAUCUGAGCGUGCAGUCAACUCUUCUUGAGGGAUAUAAUUCCGACGGUAGCAUAGGGUAUCGGGGCGAUCGGGGCUACAACAGCGACCCAGCCUAUGUCUCACAUGCCCAUGGGUGGUCUGCAGGGCCUACGUCAGCGUUAACAUUCUAUGUUCUGGGAUUGACAGUCACUUCGCCUCAAGGAGCAACAUGGGAGGUCGCGCCUCAUCUUAGUGGGUUAAACGCAGCUGAAGGCCAGUUCGAGACACCUCUCGGGGCUUAUUCGGCGAGUUGGAGGACAGUGAACGAGGGGGGCAAGGUCUUCGAAAUUGACUUGGAGACACCAUUGGGAACAAGCGGGGCGUUUCGCUCACCAAUUAUCGGCGGUGCACUGCUUGUCGAUGGCAAAGAAACCCCCUUCAACGGAGACCAUAUCCAGUUAUCUGGCGGUAAACAUACCAUCCAAGUACUUGAAAAAUAG